AUGCUUCCUAACGAAUACAAACCUCGGCAGGUGAGGCCCAUGUCUGAGAUAAUCAACCCAGCUCGUUUUGUAAACGAAGCUGACGUUGCUGGUAACUGGUACGAAGAUUUGCAAAACUACGAGAGAAAUCUAGACGAGAUGGCAUCGGCUACGCUGGACCAAAAUUUCAAGGAAGAAAUGCAACAUGUAGACCAGUGGUAUCGCUAUUUAACAGAGGCAGAAAAGACAGCUACCAUGUAUACUUUGCUCCAACACUCGAGCCAAGUACAGGCGAGAUUCUUCAUCAACUUGUUGCAGCAAAUGGUAAAGCGGGAUCCUCUGUAUUCAUUAUUAACACCAAGCAAUCCUGAUCAAGACAUGCAAAACCAUUUUGCUGGUGCCAUGGCGAAAGCAGAGCUCGAAGCCAGCCAGAGACUGAUGUCAGUUUUGCCAUACAAAACAGGCCAGGUCAUGAGUCGACCUCAAAGCAACACGAAUCGCCGAACUGUCGAUCGUCACUCGUUUGCAUUAGGUGAUACGGAAGAGUAUAGUCGAUUAUUUGGAACUGGCCGUAGUAGUGAUUUGCUGAAUCACGGCAGCAAUAGAUCAUCUUACAUCAGCUUAUUAGACGAAUCAGCAGCUGCAGUGCAAGCACAAGCACAGGCAGCUGCAACAAAUGCUAGACGUUUAAAUAACGCAUCUAAUGGUAGAACGUCAGGACGUACUAUGUUUAACAACGGUAGACCUCAUUCUGUGAUUGAAGGUGAUACCAACUCGCUGUUCCCUCCCGCCACAUGGAUGAAUAGCAGUACUAUAUCGAAUAGCAGCAAUCCUAUGCGUCGUCAACCUACUGGUGUAGGUCAUAUUGGUGAUAGAGGCAGUAAAUUGGAAAGACCCAAAUCCGCUGACAUUAGUAAUUGGUCCUUGCCCACAGCCACUACGUCCACUGAUUCGCUUGUCGAUCGUCGUUCCAGUAGCCAUGGUUACCCAUCUGUAUGGGGAACUCAAGCGCAACAACAACAACAACAACAACAACAACAAUCUCAACAACAAUCACCCUCUCAACAACACCAGAAUUCACCCUCCCAGCAACAAGCGGAUAAUGAUCUAUUGGAUUUUACAAGUUCAAUGCAGCAACAACAACCUUUCCGUAGACGUGCUGCAGUCAAUCGUAUUCCCGUUGUACCGGAAAAUGAUGAGUUGCUUAGAAACCACUUUCUGCCAAGCGAUAUUGAUUCUCGCUCAAGUUCACCUUUUCGUAAGCCUACUUCCAGCACGGGUUUGGAACAUUACAGUAGCUAUUUAAUGCAAACGCCUACUCUCACGUCAUCGCAACAACAACAACAACAACAGCAGCAGCAAACACUGCAAGGUAUUGUUGACAAUACUGCCAGUUUGGUUUUAGAUGACCAUGAAUAUGCAAGCGAUCAUAGUGAUGGUUCGUACAUGUCUCGUCGCAGAUCAUCUAUGGCUGCUGUUGGUGCUGCUACUAGAGCAUCCAAAGAUAAAAAGGCUGUUGAAGUAGUUGAUAUGGAACUUUUGAAAGACAUACCUGCAUGGCUCAGGAGUCUUCGUUUACACAAGUAUACUGCCAUCUUCAGUGAUUGCACGUGGCAGGAAAUUGUCAAAAUGUCAGACGAUGAUUUAUUAAAGAAGGGCGUCGCUGCCUUGGGUGCCAGACGCAAGAUGCUGAAAGUGUUUGAGAAUAUCAGAGCACACUGCGAUGCAAAUAAUAUUGAAUAUUAG